CGGCCCGAGUGCACGCGCGUACGUCCAGUGAAUUAUCGGCAUGUCGAUGUCGUCGUGAAUCGUAAAGAUGGACUUUCAAAGUGCUAUGGAGACUUUUGCUGAGGCAUGGGCUGCGGCCAACACGGUGAAGACGGAGGGGGCCAAUGAAUUGGCGCAGAAUUUGACAUCAGAACUUCGGCGCAGCAAGACGCCACCGCGACGCUCACCUGAAGAACGCGCGCGCCCGCCGUCGGCGCCAGCACACCACGAGCGCCAUGCACCGCUCUCGCCCAAGAAAGAGGCCUUCAACAACCUGCUCAACAAAAGUAUCACCGGUAAAACGCUGCCAGUACAUUGCGUGGUGGAGGCGGUCUCGUCGCUGGAGGAGGGCGCGUGGCGGCGACGGUCAGUGGUGGAGACCGACAGCUACGUCAUCAUCCCCGCCGCCACGGCUUUCCACGAGCUGGUACCUGCGGCCAUGAUGAGGUUGGGGUACCCGCACGAACUCGCCGCUUCGGCCAAAGGUUCAGUGGUAAUCAACAACUGGAAGCCGUUACCAUUCGAGCGCAUCUCCGACGGACCCCUGGCCACGGUCGGCGAGGUCUUGGGGGAGCUGACCACAGUGGCGACGCUCCGUAUACAGCUGCUGCGGGCGCGGCAGACUCCGCUACAAGAUAUCAAGGACAAGCUGCUUAGAUUACUGCUGGUGCAGAGCAGGCCGCUCUUGAUGUCUUCUGGAUGCCCUUUAGAUGAGGUGACUUUAGCUCAAAUAUGUCGGGGCCAAGACAAGCCGCCCGGGCCUCACAACUUUCAUGAGCCAUCGGAAGAGAUGCGUAGAAAGUUUGAAUCCUGGUGGAGUGCCCAGGUGUCUCCACGACCACCACCUUUCAGCCCUCGGCGGUAUCCUUCUCCAGGGCCUAAAAAUCGCUCACCCACACUCGCAAUGCCUGAUCAUUUACAUCCAGCACUACAAACCGUUCAAAGCCAAUAUCCAACGCAGAAAACUCGAAUGCGAACAAGUUUCGACCCAGAAUUAGAGUUGCCCAAGCUGCAACGCUGGUUUUCAGAAAACCAACACCCCACUAGACAGCAAAUACAACAGUAUGUCCGAGAACUCAAUAACUUGGAGUCGAGACGUGGCAGAAAACCUCUCGAUGUGAACAACGUCGUAUACUGGUUCAAAAACGCGAGAGCAGCACAAAAACGUGCUGAAUUACGUAACAUCGGUGGCAUUGGAUGUCAUCUCAACGGCUUUAGUAGUAGAAGCCACAGUCCGACUAACGGUUCUUUGAUGGCUGGAGGUGAUGGGUACCCACAUGAUCAUAACUCCAUGAAGAGUCCAUUGCAACUAUCAGGGAGUCCUGGCCGAUACCCCAUGUCGGUUAUGUCUGAGGAUAAUUUAUCCAAUGCUGGAUCUGAUUUGGACGAUGAAGGUGGUGACGUGAAUCCAGAUGAUCGACCAGAAAGCCCAGAAGCACCGCUUUCCUUAAUUACCACAAAAAAGAAUAAUGGCACCGAAGAGCAAGAUAAAGAAUCACCAAAACCUCCGGAUAUAAUUAAGGUGCACGAUAUCAAACAAGAACCAAGAGACCUAAGUAAACCUGAUCAAGAACACUCACCGCACCGUUCACCAGCGAAGAACAGCGAUAGUUCGCAUAAUAACAACAACAAUGAUGAAGAAAACGGAGUGGUAGACGACCACGACAACGCUUCCGAUGACGAUGUCGUCCAGGAGCGUCAUUAUCAACCUUCCUCCCCACACCUCGACCGCUUACCCUUUCCCAUGGUACCGAAUCACCCUAUGUUUGGACAUGGAAUCAUGUACAUGAGUCAAUACAUGACGGGGUUUCCAGGUGUCGGUGGGGUGCCCGGUGAAGGCGCUAGCGGUCUGAAUCUCGCUCUUGCUGGCGCUUCAGAUGAGCGGCGGAAACGCAACCGCACAUUCAUAGACCCAGUCUCCGAGGUACCAGUCCUUGAGCAGUGGUUCUCAAUGAAUACUCAUCCUUCGCACAAUCUCAUAUUGAAGUACACGGAAGAGUUGAACAGAAUGCCUUACAGGCAGAAGUUUCCGAGGCUGGAAUCGAAGAACGUGCAAUUUUGGUUUAAGAAUCGCCGGGCAAAGUGCAAGAGAUUGAAGAUGUCUCUAUACGAACCUUCUUCGCCUUCGCACUAUACACAUCCAGGGCAUCCUCAUGCCCUUGCUGAACGUAAAAUGGUUUGAACAUUGCGCAUAUUAACUGAAAGCAGCAAAGUACCUUAGUGUUGUGAUUCCAGCUAACAAGUUAUAAUGACGUAGAGGGUAGACGAGAGAAGUGAUUCCAUUAAAAUAUUAAUGACAGUGUAUAAUGAAUCAGAAAGACUGAGUUCAAUUGAAUUGUCUAUGGUGUCAGGUGCCAUGUUAGUAUUAAAUGGUGGUGACGUCAGAUGGUAGAUUUAUAAUCGCAUGCGACCUGUAAAACACGGUAGCUUCUUUCUAACAAAUAUACAAAUAGUUCAAAGAGAGUACCAUGUGUUUUAUAGGUUUACUGACGUUUAUAAUCAGGCUCUAGGCAAGUAAUUCGUGCUGAUGGUUAAUGCCCUCUGUUAAAACGCUACAACAGUAGGCAUAGGCACGUAAAGAGUUAAAUUAUUGAUAUAAACAACUUGAAAUUCUAAUAAGUUUCGUAGUGCUUGUACAUAGCUAGUUGUACAAAACAAAAGCGGCAAUUAGUAAACGAAUCUCAAAUAUAGUAUGGUACUUAAAUUGUUGUACCUACAUUAACUGUCAACCUAAAGGUAUGUACAGCUUUUUUAAUUAGUUUGUAUCUCAAUUCUAUUUAAUUUAUAAUUAAACUAAGUAAAAUAUCGAAUAUAGUUAAUCAACAAUGAAUACUCUUAUCAUAACUCCGAUUAAACCAAACUUUAGGUGUAUUGUAGACGAAAUUAUAAGAAUGGUAUUCAAUGUUAUUCUUAUCAUGUAAAUUUAUUGUAAAAUAAAUGGAUGUGUCAUUUAGAUUAGAUAACAUAAGCUUAUUGUAAACUUAUUGCACAUAGUAGUUUUAACGAAACUAAAGUUUCGCUAAUAUCGACCUUGGUUGGUCGAGCAGAUUUGAUGUUCCUAGACUUAGAAUGGUCGUAACAACUUCUUUAGCUUCUCUAUCUUUAUACUAAGAAGCCAAUAUGUAUUAAUCAUCACUAUAUCUAUCACAUUGCAGAGAUGAAUAAAACUCAUUCUAGAAAAAUCUUGAACAGAUUUUCUAGUCAUAUAAUUGACCUGUCAGUUAUCGCUCAUAUUAAAUUGAUCAUUAAUUUUCAUGCUUCCUCAAUCCAAAGAUUGGUUAAGUAUGUUUGUAUUAUCAAUAUGUAAGAAGAAUAUAACAAUAAGUAUAGUCAGCUCACAGAUAAUAGUAAAUAGCCCUUAUUCAAGAUCAUGUAUUGUAUUACCGACCUGUUACAAAUGUUUUUGGCCGAUUUUAAGAGACAGCGAAAUAAAUUGUUUAUGAUCAGUUUAAACAAUUUUUGCUACACGAAAAAAGAAGUGAAAUAUACUAGUUAAGUACAUACUUCCUCUCGUGUAAAAUAAUUGUUUGUCGUCUUACUACUUCAAUUUUCGUUAUUAGAUAUUCCUCACAUUAUCUGUAAAACGUACGUUCUAUUAAUUCUGUCAUCAAUAAAUUUAUUAAGUACUCUGUCCACAGACUAUGCAUAAUUUUACACAGUACAGUAUUUUACAACCAGCAAUAAGACUUGUUCCAAAUAAAACUUUAAUAAUAAGUAUUGAAUCGCCAAAUAGAUUACAAUAAACUAUAUUACAGUAUUUACGCAUUUAUUAAUGGAGGCUGUAUUAAGAAAUGUUUUUGACCUACAGAAUUAUUGUUUUAUAGUUUUUAGAUAUUAUGUAUACUGCAUACAUUGUAAUAUUUUACCACGGUUAUAAAGUAAAUUCGUUAUGUGAAAAAAUGGGGAACAUACCUACCUACGGAACAUAAGGAGCAUGUUGGGUUACUCUAUAACCUUGUAAAUCACGAAUUUUCUUUUCCCCUCGGAAAUUUUCGUGAAUGACCUGGGUACGACUUUCAUGGUUAUUUGUUCGAAUUAACCUUUUAACCACCGUAGUCUGAUAAAUACGUACGACAUACAAUAUCCAGCCAUAUAUCUAAAGACGGACCUUUCGGGAAAUAAGAAUAGAGCCAGUACAGCGGUGUUACGCACACGAAUUCGAGCCAAUCGCAUCACGCGGGCAAUCGCCCGCGACCAAUCGGUCGCAACUAGUAGCGUUAGACUGCACGAUUGGCUCGAAUUCGUGAGUGACACCACUGAACUGGCACCAUUUUUAGUGCCCGUAAGGCCCGUCCUCAUUAGAGAUAUGUCAAUGUAUCCAGCAAAUUCCGCCGCAGUCUGAUAAUAAGACAAAAUUUCGUGUAACUUCGUACCGUCGGCGACACGAGUAUCGUACGCGCAAUCAGAAAUUCUCAGCGGUUAAAAGGUUAAAGAAUAGAAACUUGAAGGAUUGUCUGGAGUGCAUUUACUCUUAGUCAACUAUCAAAUUCGGCAGCGUAAUUCUAAAUACACAUCGCUGCCGACUGUCGGCAAAAGUAACUGCGGAGUAAACUCGGCCGGCCGUGGUGUUACAAUAAACGCAGUAUGCAGUAACUACAACGCUACAGACGAACUGUUUUGUUAUUUCCAUGUUAUAUGCUUGUUUAGUGAAGCUGUGAUGAACUCCCAAAUAUUGUAAAUAUUUUAUUAAUGUUUCUAAGGUUGAUAUUGUAAACUAUGUCACUAGGCUCUCGCGGACUAAGUAGCAUUUAUUGUUUAGUUAACGAAGAUAUUGACUAAAUGUUUAUUCUACUCAAUUUAAAUAUACGGAAAAUCAAUUGAUUAUAAUUAUUACAAUAUAAA